AUGUCUCUUCCAGUCCUAAUCGUCGGCGCCGGGCUCGGUGGAGUCUGUCUUGCCCAGGCCAUGAGAAAGAACAACAUUCCAUUCAAACUGUUCGAACAAGAUGAAAGACAAAAUCUUCGCACUCAAGGAUACCGUCUCAGAAUUACUGAGCAUGGCGUCAAAGCUCUAGAAGAUUCUCUAACACCAGAGAUUUUCGCUCUCUUUGAGAAAACUUGCGCUGCGACAACUGGGCUCGGCGUCAGAAUCAAGCCCGACGGCACUUCGACUACAACUUUGGGAGGUCCCGGUGGUCCUCCUCCUGGGCCACCUUCUGGCUCCUUCUCAGGAAAGAUAUACACAAUUGAUCGCAGUGCUUUCCGCGAAGCACUGCUAACUGAUCUUGACGAGCGUGUCGAAUUCGGCAAAUCUCUACUGCACUACGAGGAGUUUGAUGAUAAGAUCGUCGCCCACUUCGCAGAUGGAACCACCGCCCAGGGGGCCUUACUAGUCGGAGCGGAUGGUGUUCGCUCCAAAGUCCGCAAGCAACAUAUACCCAACUUCCCAGCUAUAGACACGGGAAUGCGCAUUGUGUUCGGCAAAACACCCAUCACGCCUGAAUACUUAGCCGCUUCACCAGAGAACCACCGAACAGGAAUGAGCCUGGUGACAGACCCAGACGACAAAGAUCAACCAACCCUCAUGUUCGAGUCAAUUCAUUUUCCAUACGCGAAUGAUGCCACAGUACCGCCACUACCCAGCCCGUAUAUGUACUGGGUGCUUGUCGUUCAUCGGUCAAAAAUUCCCUUCUCUGAUGAGAGGUCCUGGCACAUUACCCCGCAAGAGGCUGCGGAUCUUACGCGUCAAUUGACUUCGUCAUGGGAUCCAUCUGUGCGAAGUGUUAUUGACUAUCAAGAUGCAAGCCAGUCAUCUAUUCGCUCACUUCUGUCCGCCCCGUUUGAAAUUGCAGCCUGGGAGCCAUCGGGUAAAGUGACUCUUCUAGGAGACUCUGUUCACGUCAUGCCCCCAACUGGAGCAAUGGGGGCGAAUACUGCUUUGCGUGAUGCUGCUGAUUUGGCGCAUCGGAUUGUCGAGGCUGGUGGUAUUGAGAAGGUGGACAGCCAAGUUAUCGGAGGCUAUGAGGUCGGUCUGAGAGAAUUUGCUAAGAUGGCGAUCGAUAUGAGCUGGCAAGGUGGAAUGAAGAGUUUUGGGCUUCGACCUGUUGAUAAAUGCGAGAGUAUUGUUCUCUAG